AUGCCUUUUGGUGACAACAGUACUCCUCUUUUCCGAUCCGAAUUUUUCAAAGAAACGCAAAUCACACAGCUUGUUGAUCCUUGCAGACAAACGGAUUUGACGUUUCUCAGAUUUCUAGAGCGUUUGCGUUUGGAUGAAUUGCAAGUUCCUACUGAUUAUGAUCUUCUUUCAAGUAGGACAAUUUCUUUGAAUGAAGUACCAUUAGGAACCGUUAUGGUUGCUCCAACAAAUGAUGCGGUAAAGAAUUUCAACACUGAAAAACUUAGGCGAUGCCCUGGUCAAUUGCAAUCAUAUCGUUCUCUUGAUAAGCGAGAUGGAAUGGGACAGGUAGCCAUGAAUGCUUUGGAGAAAACGUAUUUGCCAGCUGUCCUUGAUGUAAAGGUUGAUGCACAGGUUAUGCUUUUGGAAAACAUAAGCGUUGAAAACGGAUGGGUCAAUGAAAAUAUUCAACCCUGA